CUGUAGUUACCAGAUCCUCGGCGGACAAUGUGGCUCGCGCACCUGGCGCUCGUGCUGCUGCUCCGCUUCUCCGGUGUCGCGGACGGACUCAACACGUGCCAGUCCAUCAACCUGGACGAGCAGAAGUCGCGGCGCAUCGAGGCGGUCCGCGGACAGAUCCUCAGCAAGCUCCGCAUCCGCAGCCCGCCGGACGACGACGACCUGCCGUCUUCGGGCUCCGUGCCCGCCGAGGUCAUGCUGCUCUACAACAGCACGCGGGAGCUGCUGAACGAGCGCGCGCGACAGGCCGAGUCCGCCUGCGAGCGCGAGAGCAGCGAGGAGGAUUAUUACGCCAAAGAGGUUCAGAGGAUCAACAUGACGCCGCCCCGAACCGACACCAAUGCAGUGCACCCGGCGCCCGCCAGCCCCCAUUACAAAGUCAUCCACUUUGAUGUCAGCAGAGUGGACCUAACCAACAGCACACUGGUUAAAGCUGAGUUCAGAAUCUUCAGGGCUCCAAACCCGCAGGCACGGGCCACAGAGCAGCGAGUGGAGAUCUAUCAGUUGCUGCAGCAUGAUGAAGACAGCACCUCCACUCAACGUUAUAUCGACUCCCGCACUGUUCAGCCUCGGGCAAAGGGCACCUGGAUCUCUGUGGACGUCACUGAAACCGUAAAGGACUGGGUAUCAAAUGCAGAGAAUAAUCUCGGUCUGAAGCUGGGUGUCCACUGUCCAUGCUGCACCUUUGUCCCCUCCACCAACAACAUUGUUCCCAAUAAAAGUGAGGAGCUGGAAGCUUUCUUUGCAGGUGUGGAUGAUGAGAAGCUUCGAAUGUUAAAAAAAUCAGGCCAGAUUAAAGGCCAGGCAGAUUUCAGCACCAAAAUGCCACACAUCAUCCUCACCCUGCUACCCAGCGAUCGGGUGGACAACCCAGCCAGGAAGAACCGCAAGAGGCGGGCAGCCACCACAGACACCACAACCUGUUCCCGUAGCUCAGACCAGGGUUGCUGCCUACGAUCGCUGUACAUUGACUUUCGUCGCGACCUCAACUGGAAGUGGAUCCAUGAACCAAAAGGCUACAAAGCCAACUUCUGUGCCGGCAGCUGUCCUUACCUCUGGAGUGCCAACAACCACUACAACAUGAUCCUGCCCCUGUACAAUAAGCUGAACCCCGAGGCGUCGGCCUCGCCCUGCUGUGUGCCGCAAGACCUGGAACCUCUCACCAUCAUGUACUUCAUUGGCCGCACGCCACGUGUUGAGCAACUCUCCAAUAUGGUCGUCAAAUCCUGCAAGUGCCGCUGAGGGCGGAAAAGGUGAGGGAAGCAAAAACGGAGGAUGGCAAACACAGGAGAAAAACGUUAUCUCAGAGAGACAAUGAGACGCAUGGACCUAAACAGACUUGUGAGAUAUUAUUUUUUUACAUUACCCAAGUAUGGUGUACGUACCCGUUCUCUCCAAACAUGAAACCAUAAAAAAAGUCAUGAUGCUCUUGAUGUAGGACACUGUAAAUAUGAAAUAGAUGAAUUAAAGCUGUAUUUGAAUAUU